CGAUGUUGUGUAGUACAUACAUAUGUGCUGCCGCCUAUGACAGCAACGUGCCAAACUCGAAUAUAUAUAUAAUUCAGAGCAGUAAAACAUAUUGUACAUAAAUAGCAUAGAUGUUCUAUUUACAGUGGUAUUGGUCACUUAUCUUUCUAACCUAACCAUUCUCGAGGAAUGAAAGGAAUCAAUGAAAAAAAGUCACUCAUUCGAGUCUAAAAGGUUUUCGUGCACCGCUGAUUUGAAAUUGCAAUCGCAUGGAACUUUUCAUUCAGCAUAAUAUAUCUCGCAACUCGAGAUUAAUCUCGCUGAGAAGCAAGGUGUUCGUGAAUAAAAGGUGACCAUGGUUUGUCCCAGUGGUGUUAUAGCGCACCUUGCCAAAUUAAUUGUGACAAUUGGUUGCAUAAACACUAUCAGCAACCCGUAUAGUAAAGCAAGUGUCUGGUCACUUCGUGCCUUCCAAACUCUACUUUCACACUCCGUCAUAGGGAUUCUUAGGUUUGGAGCUCCAUGCAUCUCAUCAGCAACUACUUUAGUAAAGUACCUAAGGAUUUUCUACGAUUGGUACUCCAAGGUCGUUGAUGUUGCACCUUUGGCACUGUUUACCACUGGUAUCCUAAACGAAUAUGGAAUUAACGAAACGGUUUGGCUCAUAGUACUUUCCUUUGGCGUUUUACCAAUAUUUUUCCAGCUGCAGACAAAACGAAAAGAAAGACAAAUAAGAAGGCAUCAGUUGUUACAAAAUAUUGCUUCCACGUUACAGCUGUUAAUGAUUGCAUUGGUAGGGUUGCAAAACGCUAAUUAUAAUGUUAUCAGUCUGGUCGCUUCCUUCGUUUUCGAACGAUUUUUCAUCGACGAGUUUUGCUACUACUACGAUAUUCCAAGUACUGAUUUAACCCAAUAUUCUCUUUGUUUCAUAGAAAUUUUUAUGGUAUUAACCUUGAAUGAACUGUGAAUAAUAUUAAUAUAUUGAACAGUUACUGCAUUUUUAUACCCUUGAAGAAAAGAAUAAACAGAUUUUUCAAUUUA